AUGCAGUACUCUAAACCGCAGUUAAGAAAGCUCAAGUUUGUUCCAGAGCUCGAAGCAAUCGAGGAGGUUUCGGAGGAGGAGGAGGAGGAGAGUUGCAAGAAGGAUAAGGUGGAGGAAGAGGGUGAUGAUGAGGACGCCAAAAUUAAUGACAAUAAUGGCGUAAAACCGGGAGAAAAGCAGAAGGCGCAGCAGAAACAACAGUAG